AAUUGCGUUUAUGUAAAUAACAUUACUGCAAGCGAAUUUUUAUUUUUGUCAUUUUUUAUUAGAAGCUUUCGAUAUGGUUCAAACAUUUAAGACAAAAUAUCUGGUACUGCGCGUAAAACAUAUUGGAAAAUUGUCUCUACAGUAAUUACGACCGUAAACCUCGUCGGCUUCCAAAUGUGCAUAAAGGCAUACGCAACGAUCUGUUGGCUGAGACAACUUUUAUUGCUAUGAAAUGGUACUUAUUAAAUAAGUAUAAAGUAGCACGGCUUACCGCCGACAACUAUCGACUCUUUCUAAAACAGCUGAAGAAUUAUCAUUGCGUCUACUUGCUUCAACAUUAUUUGAUGGAAGCGAACAGGAAUCUCCAGAGUCAAGCCUUAUGUUCUUUGCCUGUAUCGAUAUACCUAAUGGAAUAAUUCGAUGAAAGAAAACUUUGGUGUUCUAUUGGCCGCUGGACACAAUCCAGCAGCCCCAGUUGUGUUGAACAUUGAAAACAACAAAGAACCAGAGUCGUGCUCUAACAGCCAUUAUGUCUAGUUUCUGAGUGGGAGAACCACCCAGUGGGCUCGUUCUUAAACGAAAUGACGACAUCUUUUUUAUCGUGAAUGUGGAUAGCAUGCACGGUGCUUAAAGGAUUGCGGUGCUGUCACCGUAAGAUAGUUCUAGCCGCUUCUAAAUUGUGACGUUCGAUCCGCUUCGGCCCAGCAGCUGGGUUCGGUUCGAGCGAUGGCCUCUGUUUCGACGUCUUCAAUGGUGCCAUCUGAACGAGUGACAGAAGAGUUGUCUGCAUAUCUCGAACGGCGGGGUUUUGAGGCCAGCGCUGCUAACCGACCCCGGCCUUUACCACUAGGGGAAUUUGUGCACCAGCGCGCGGUCGACUGCGAACGUGGGACAGGGCAACCGGUAAAACUGGGGGCGCCCCUGAUAGCGCCUUGUCGAGUGGAGGAGGAGUUCCUCGACUUGAAGAACUUCAUCUCCGAGGCCGUUGAACCGUUUCGUUCUGAGCUCAGUCACUGUCUGUGGCCAGUUUUUGUCAAUGCUAUAAUUGAUUUACUGUCAGCGGAGCAGCGUCACCUGCUGCUUCGUUUCGAGGCAAUGUUUGGCGGACUCUUCGCGGGUGUCGACUUGUAUAGUGGUCUUGUCGAAGAUCUCCAAGGCAUUUCAAACUCCCAGGAGUUACAUCAGGGUACGGUACUUAAAGAAUUCCGUGAAAAUAAAGCGCUUGUUAAAUUGUCAGCUGACAGCUGGCGAUACCUGCAACGUUUCCUCCGUCAAAGCGAGUACAUUUCACAUUUGUUCAACGUACACAUAGAUAUUAGUAUACAACUCGAUUCUAUAUCACAGCACCGACUUCGACCUGUUGGGCUCGAACCGGGACCUUCGGAUCCACCUGAACCCCAUCUGUUCCAGUCAAGACAUAUGCUUGCCCAACGGCGUCACCAACAUCUCGCCAGCCUGCAUAGCCGAACCAUGAAAUCGCACUCUAGGGCGUCAAAUAGGCAAAAUGACCGCCAGUCAGGAUCGGGAGCGGGGCGACACAAAUCGCCGUCAGCGAAAAGAUCUCGCAUUAAUGGUAUGACGUCGUCUACUUCAAGUACCAGUGGCCAAAUGGAGGAUGCUCAUGUAAGAACAGCCAUAGCAGCAUCCAAUGGAGCUGGUGCCAUUUCACCUGAACCCCCCGCUGCAUCGGCACUGAGCCUCCUACGGCAAUCAAUAGAUAAGGUACGAGCCGAGCCUUAUGCCCCUAAUGUUCUUCUAAUUGAUGUUGACGCAUCAGCUCUGAGUUGUUCGGUAGCGUCACUAGCAUUAUCAGAUGAAACAUUCGCCGUCGGUCUCGAUAACGGAACAAUCACUCUCGAACGGAGAGGACCUCAGUUAAAUCCGGAUGAUGACAGUGAUCAAGAAGAAAAGCACUUACGGGGAAUUGGGUCAUAUUCACACCUUGGAAGAUCAUGGAGAGAAAGGCGACGAGGAUUCCACUCAAGCGUUGUACGACUUCAUCCCUCUGCCCUUCGGACUUUAACAAGGUCCGGACGGCCUCCAGAGAGCGGCGACGGAUUGAGCGGAGGUGAUAAUGACUGCUUCGUCGACAAUCGGAGAAGGACAAGGCUUUUGGGACAUUGCGGUACAGUGUGCGCACUAGCAUACGCCUCUCCUGCAUUACUACUCUCGGCUUCAUCAGACACUUCGGUUCGGGCUUGGGAUGCAGUAACAGGACGCAAUAUGGCCGUAUACACCGGCCACCAGUACCCUGCUUGGUGUCUAGCGACUAGCCCAGAAGGGUUGUACUUUGCUACAGGAUCCCAGGAUGCAACAGCGCGCUUGUGGACGCCAAGUCGAACAGAUGCAUUACGCGUGAUGGCUGGUCAUCUAGGACAGGUUGACACGCUGGCGUUUCAUCCAAAUGCUAAUUAUCUAGCAACAGCGGCUUCAGAUAGAUCGAUUCGUUUAUGGGCCGUCCAGUCUGGUAGUGUCGUACGUCUCUUUCCAUCUAGCCAUCGAGGCCAGGCCCAUUCGCUUGCUUUUUCACCGAAUGGACACUGGUUGGCAGCAGCGGGUGAGGACCGAGCUGUCCGUUUAUGGGACCUUCGCACAUGCCGCUUAUUGGCCGACAUGCAUGGACACCACGAUGCCGUAACAUCAGUCGUUUUCUCUAAGGACGGCUCGUUACUGCUCAGCUCCAGUCUGGACGGCUCUAUACGAAUGUGGGACGUGCACACUUUAUCGAGCACAAGCGGUAGCUGCAGCAGUAGCAAUAUCAAUAACUGUAACACCGGUAACCCUAGCAAUACUUCGGUACCUUCUAAUAGUAAUUCUAUAUCCUCGUCCUCCGCUGGAAAUGCGGAAUCGACACCAGUUAGCAAUGGAGGUCUUGUUUGCUGCCUUCGUUUUCAACCGCGGGUCUCAGAUUCAAUGCCAAGACUCGGAUGUGUACACGGAGGUCUUCGUAAACUAGAACUACACCACAGACUCAAUGUUGUAACAGCGAUUCGAGUAUACGGAAAUUAAAGUAACCUAGCCCAGCGUGAUUAAGUCUCUGUGAUCAUAAACACUGAACGCGUCUGCACUUGGGCAGUGCUCCUUGUAAACGAAGGAAUUGGAAAAUGAAACACCUGCUAUUUACAAGGUAGUAAUCACGCGGCAACACGCUGGAGAGUUACGUAUUUAGACAGCCUUUCGACUGCCCUAACUGUGAACACAUGUGACCAUAAUUAUUCCACAUUCCAAUUGGUCAUGGUAAAUGAACUUUUUUCUCACCAGCCUGGCGAUUGUAAGGUUAAAUUGGAUGUCUAUAUAACACCGAUCUCUCAGUGGCUUAUUUCGUAGAUCUCCUUCACAACCUUAAGUUAAGAUACUAUGUUUAUUGGUUCGUCACUGAAUUUCAGACAUGGUGCUUUUCUUUUAACUUAUGCUCUGUAAACGAAUAGUUGCCUAAGUUAUUAUAUUAGCAUAACUUUGUAAUAGAUGUGCAUUUUCCUUUGUAAUAUAGUCCAACCGUUCAUAUGUACCGUAUAGGAAAACGGUCAAACUGCACUAUAAAUAAGCAGUAACUGAUUCACAGGUUGGAUGGGAAACUUGCCUCGUCCAAUAGCCAGUAUUGAAUUGUUUGACUAUAUAUGGUUUUAAUGAUGCAACACGUAGACGAAAAAAUUGGCAACAAUCAAGUACAGACGGGCCUUAAGCAAUAGGAUACGAAAUAAAUAGGAUACGAAAUAAAUGUUUUCGACCAAUAGUUAGCGAAAAAACGACCGGUACGUUACAAUGUAAUUACAAGUACGACCUUCGGAAAGCCGUACAUGAGCUGAAAUUGGACAAAAUGUUUGAACGGGCAUUUUUCACGUUGAUGAACAGGAGAAUUAAGCUUGACGACUCAAGGACGAUGUUAGUGUGUACAGCAUAACAAAUGAGGUACUCCGUUAUACUUCAAACAACUAACGCGAAGUAGAAGCAUGGCGGGUCCUAGUAAAUAACUUGUACAUUUCUAAAACGAAAGGGCUAACAAAGGCGCAGCCUGCGAAUCGAGUCUACUCAUAAACAGUGCUGACUUAAUUUGCUGGUUAAAUUAUGGCAACUUUGCCCCGUACCAGGUGGUCGCAUAGCCAUUAUGACUGUGUAGAUAUUUCGUAUAGAUCUAUAUAAAAAUAUAUAGGAUAUAUACAAAGGAUACGUUAAUAAUGACGUGCUAGUGAAUAUUAUUCGCAUACUAUCGGAAAUCAAUGUUGGCUACAUUCGCUUUCGUCAAGUUCAAGAUCAAAGAUGUAUUUAAUAAAUUUAAUACAAACGAGAUAUGAAAUACUUUUUGUCUUAAUUAAUAAUUAGCACAUAGCGACAAAUGAGAAAAUCUCACCCGAAGAUGAGAAUUUUUAAAGUAUGGUCAAUAAAAAGAAAUCUUGAAUAAUGUGUGGUACAUGAUUCGUGUUUCAAUAUAUAUAUCAUAUUAAUUGGUAUUAACUUUUUUGCUUAGCGCGCCUCUUGAGAAAAAGUUCGGUGAUGCUAGUCUACGCACAGUUCAACCGAAGUUCACUCCAUUUUAAGCAAAAAGACUUUGACGUCUACAAGCACCUACUACCCAAACAAUCUCAAAUGGCCUUUAUGACGUUAGUAAUGGCACUUGAAAACAAAGAAAACCACCAUCUUUUUUGUUAAUGCGGCAACGUGCAUCCUUGUGCGCCAAAGAAAGCUUGUAUGGUUUAGCUGUAAGCUAGGUAUGUGAGGGACACAUCAAGUUGGAGUGCGCCAUGAGUUCCGAUUUACACGGUCAGCUUCUAAGACAUAAAAUAGAUCAAACAGCUAUGUUCGACUCUGGUACGAGAUGCAAAAUAACUGUGUUACAAAUAAACAUCCAAAAACAUCGGGAGUGGUGCUCUAGCAGCACCCCCGCCGGGUUCUCCCCUAAGCACGAUUGUGCUGCGAGUAUGGUGUGACUGGUAAAAGUUGAUUAGGGAUAACAAAAUGACUGCUGCGACUAAGUCUACAAAAACCAAGGCAAAUGAGCACAAGCUUUAUUCAAAAAGCAAAACAAUUCUUGAACAAAUAAUGGAAAAUUGCCCAUUGCAAUAGAAUUGUAAUAAUACGUAACAUGAAUUCCUCCAGAUAAGUACUUAACGUUAAUCUUCUCUCUCAUCCACCAUUUAUUCUUUACUUGGAUCGGUCAGACUCUCGCCUACUCUGUUCUCUACUGAAUCCACUAAAUCAAUAAACACUAAAUUUUAUGAAAUAUAUACAGUCUUAUAUGAGUUAAUAUGUUGAGAGCACAUAUGCCGCUUUUUAGCGAGAUAAUAUUCGGAGCACACCAAAACAUUAAGUGAAGGCAACCAGAAAUAUUUUAAGAAAACUGUAUUAAAGUUUUCAGUAGGAAGUUAUGCUCAAUCGAAACUAUGUGAAAAAUUUCCACUGGCUUAUAUGGAGACCCAAAAGUUUAACACAAAACAGUAAAACGAGAAUAGAAUACACUGUAACAAUUACAAGAUUCGUACGAGGCUUGUACACGUAGUCUUAAGGGCUUUUAAGAAAUACGCAAGUUGAGUAAUAGGUAGA